AUGGACGAACAAGUCUUGAUCGUGAUAACUUUGCUGUUAACUCCACUUGUUCUCCUGAUGUUUCUAGCCGUAGUGUUGGCGUCGCUUGGACAGAGUCUUGGUUUGCGAAGAAAAUAUGCUGACUUGAUGUUAAAAAUAUUUCAGUGGGGUCAGGAGAGGAUAGCUUUGUAUAAUGAAACUCAAAGACAGUACAGUCGAUCAGAAUCAGAAGAAGAGGAAGAAGAUGAGGAAGAACUGAGAGGAGAAAAAGAAAAUGGCCACGAUAAGCAAGUCAUCCGUCGCGACAUCUCUAUCUCUGCUAUUGGUGGUCUAAGGAUGCCAUCGAGGAGACCAGAAUAUGAUAUCACAGAUUUGAAAAAGGAAUUCCACGUCUCUGACAUCAUGUACUUUGCAAAAUGCGGAGUUGAAGCAAUCAUUGAGGAUGAUGUCACACAAUGUUUUACAGCUGAAGAGCUUAAAAGUUGGAAUUUUCUUACCAGAACAACACUUGGCUACCAAUUUAUCAGUGUACGCCUGACUAUUCUGUGGUGUUUAGGAUGUUUUGUGAGAUACUUCAUUCUCUUACCCUUCAGAGUGCUUGUCCUUAUUACAGGGUUAUCCUGGUUAAUCCUCUCAACAGCAGUCAUUGGAUAUCUUCCAGAGAACAACCUAAAGAAAAGAUUAAAUAAACGUGCCAGUCUGAUGUCACAUCGUAUGUUAGCGAGAGCGUGUUCUGCGGUGUUGACCUUCCACAACCGAGAGAAUAUCGCCAAGAACGGGAUAUGUGUGGCCAACCAUACCUCACCCAUAGAUGUCAUCAUUCUCUCCUGUGAUAGUUGCUAUGCUAUGGUUGGACAAGCCCACAAUGGAUUCCUCGGCAUUGUCCAGCGAGCUCUCUCUAGGGCUACAUCUCAUAUCUGGUUUGAAAGGUCAGAGGUCAGGGACCGACACUUGGUAGCUAGAACAUUAAAAGAACAUGUAGAUAACGAAGAUAAACUACCUAUAUUGAUAUUUCCUGAAGGUACAUGUAUAAACAAUACUUCAGUGGUGAUGUUUAAGAAGGGAAGUUUUGAAGUGGGAUCCACGAUAUAUCCCGUAGCUAUAAAGUAUGAUCCACGUUUUGGUGAUGCAUUCUGGGACAGCAGUAAGAUGGGGAUGUUAAGUCAUGUAUUCCAGAUUCUGACAAGUUGGGCACUCGUUGCUGAUGUAUGGUACCUACCUCCAAUGGAGAAAAAAGAAAAAGAAGAUGCAGUUACUUUCGCAAAUAGAGUGAAAAAGGAAAUUGCUAGACGAGGUGGAUUAGUAGAUUUAGAAUGGGAUGGGCAGCUGAAGAGGAUGAGAGCAAAAGAAUCAUGGAAGUUAAAACCACAAGAAGAGUUCAGUAAACUUUUGAAAGUUGAGUGAAAAGUGCCGCAAGAAUAUUGAGUGAUAAGAUUGUUAAGGUAUAAUUGGAGGAUGGGAAAGAUACAGAGAAUUACCUUGGCAUUCUAUGUAUAACGAAUUGUGAUAUUUCUCGAAAUAUUAGUGCAAAACUGUG